AUGGGUAGUUACCCGGCAAGCAACAAAUCCAAAGAGAUUGGACUCUCGCGUACAUGGGUGGAGUUCGAGGACGACUGGUUCGCUCAAGGGGCCUCCCGACGGGUUUACAAGGGGACAUUUCAUGGUACCCCCGAAAAGGAAGGAAAACGAUGCGUUGUUAAAGUUUAUAAAGAGGAAUGGUAUGACGACGCUAAGGACUAUGCGUGGAAAGUAGAUGACCUUGCCUACUGCAAAGCUAAUGAGAUGGCACAGUUGUUUAACAUGCAUCACACCGCCAUGUAUCCAACAAGCAUCAAUCGUAAGAUAGAGUUUGUUAAGCCCGAAUUUACUCGCGUUGACGCCCAUGCUACUAACUAUUUCCUUGGAUUUCUUCCAUAUUACAGAACAGUCAAAGGCAAACUGGCAUUCACAAGAGACACAGUCACAAACGUUAUUCCCUCAAAUGCGUCGGUACUUGUCGAAAGGUACCUUGAGGGAGAUUACGUCAAAUUCACGAGCAACACUGGAUUCGUAGACCCUGAAAACGGCGCCUUGCCAGCUGCUUUCAGUCAUUUUACUUAUCACGCAUCCGAAGGCGAGAUUUUGGUCAGCGAUCUGCAAGGAGUGAUGAGCGGUACACGGUACACGUUCACCGACCCAGCAGUGCUGAGUGGAGGCAUAGAGUAUGGCGUCUAUGGACCUACCGAUUUAGGGAAACUCGGUAUUGUAAAGUUUUUCAAGAGUCACAGUUGCAAUGAACUGUGUAAAGGGCUGAAUAAGCCCCACAUAUUUAAUGUUACGCGGGGCGAACAGGUGGUCAUGGAUCAAAUUAUCCAAAACAUGUCAGGCGAGAAGUCCUCCACAUACACGUAUCAGUUAGGCAAGUCGUCUGGCGUCUCAAAGUCUGAAGUCGAAAAACUACAGCGAAAAAUUGAGCUGGAGACAGUCCCAGAAGAAUCUGACUCAGAUGUAGAAACUGAAUACCACAGUGGCCUACAACAAAUCGAUUCGGCGUAUACCACUAUGUACGGUGAACUUCAGUCAUCAAAUACAAUAGAUCAAAUCAAGGCUUCAAUUAGCAAAUCCAUGCCAGACCCCAGUUCCUCAUACAUACAUUCGCUGCGUAUUUUUUCUGAUUCAAAUUCAGAUUCAGAUUCAGAUUCAGAUUUAUUUCCUGACUUGCAUUCACUCAGGAUUCUAUGA